ACAGCCACAAAGUCAAUAUGGGCUAUAUCGUAAACAUUCAUGAAAACAAACAUUUGCUUUUUGGUCUUAAUUUAAUGUUAGGGCUAUGCAUACGGUUAGCUAAGUUGUCAAGUUUAAGGUUAGGGCCAGGUUUAAGAUUUUAAGAAGAUCAAUUGUAGAAAUAGGCGGGGUUUAGUCAUAAUUAUGACUUUGUGGUUGUGGUAACAAAGGACGACCCCGUCUUUUCUCCUCAGCUUUCAAGGUAGAGAGACUGGCACCGUGUACAUCAAUCCAUUCGGUGAUAUCACUGAGAGGUCACAGUUUUACAGCUCUCUGCAAUUAUAUAGUGAACACAGCUGGUGGACAUUGAACCAAGGCGGUUUUAUAGUAAACUCAAGGAUGUCUGGAGAUCUGUCCCUGGACAUUAACAUCAAGGAGCCGCGAUGGGACCAGAGCACAUUCAUGGGCCGCGCCCAGCACUUCUUUUUCGUCACCGACCCCAGGAACAUCCUCAAGUCCUCUAAGACACUGGAGGACGCACGGGUCACUGUGGAGAACUACAGGUUAGGAGUGGUGAAGCCAGGUCUGACAGAAGAUGAGCUGUGGAGAGCCAAGUACGUCUAUGACUCUGCCUUCCACCCUGACACCGGAGAGAAGAUGGUGGUGGUGGGACGCAUGUCUGCCCAGGUCCCCAUGAACAUGACCAUCACCGGCUGUAUGCUCACAUUCUACAGGACGACUCCAGCAGUGGUGUUCUGGCAGUGGGUGAACCAGUCCUUCAACGCUGUGGUCAACUACACCAACCGCAGUGGAGAUGCUGCCCUCACCACCAAUCAGCUGGCUGCAGCGUACGUCAGUGCGACCACCGGAGCCGUAGUCACAGCCCUGGGACUCAAGUCUCUAGCCAAGCGCCUUCCAGCCGUCAUGAGCCGGUUCGUCCCCUUCUUUGCUGUAGCUGCUGCCAACUGUAUCAACAUCCCCUUCAUGAGGCAGAGGGAGCUGAAGUACGGCAUCCCAGUGACAGAUGAGAAUGGAAACCGGUUAGGGGAGUCAGUCACCGCUGCCAAGUCGGGCAUCAUUCAGGUGGUGGUGUCCAGGAUUGGCAUGGCUGUGCCAGCUAUGGCUAUCCCCCCUGUGAUCAUGAACGCCCUGGAGAAGAAAGCCUUUAUGAAGCGGUUCCCAGUCCUAAACGCUCCAGUACAGGUGGGACUGGUGGGUCUGUGCCUGGUGUUUGCCACUCCUCUGUGCUGUGCCCUGUUCCCACAGAAGAGUUCUAUGGCUGUGAGCAGCCUGGAGCCAGAUCUGCAGGAGAGGAUACGACAGAACAGUCCCCACACUACUACCGUCUUCUUCAACAAAGGCCUGUAGGACCACCCAACCACACACACCACAGACCAGCCCCCUCUGCUGGCUGGACCCUGCUAGUACAGCUCAGCGGGCAAAGAGAAUAUUAUAUUUAUGCUUAUUUUUGUAUUUACCUGUUUGUUUACUAUGUUUGUUAUAGGCUUUAGGAUUUGAUUAGGGUGAUGGUGAGGGGUGCGUCUCAAUCCUAAAAAGUUGCUUCCUUAUCUGAAAGGAUGGAAUAAGGGGGGGAGCCUACCAGUCAGGUUUUGGUCAUCAUUGUAGAUGAAGGAAAGGAGACGAGGAAGCCACUUCAGAGUAAUGAGAUGCACCUGAGGUGAGAGUAGUGUGACAGACAAACAGACCAUGGUUUAGUCUGGUGUAUUUGUCCUUCCUGGGGUUGUGGCUGUUUAGUUACUGACUGCUGUGAAUGUUACAGAAUGACAAAAUCUACUUCCAUCACCACUAACUACAUACAUGUCACCCCUUGUAUUUGACCCCAGAGUUUUUUUGUUUGUUUUUUCCCUCUCUCUCUCUCCCCAAAGUGUGUUGUUAUUUAUUGCCCUUGUGUUUGAGAUCGUACCAUUUUGAGCUGUGUGCACUGAAACCCAUUCAUGACUUGCAAUUAGAAAAUAGUCAAAUGUAAUCUGCUAGAUAUCCACUCCCUCAAGUUGGCUUAACUGUAGUCUAGUACAGGUAGUGAAGGAUAACAGUUGGUUUAUGAGCACAUUAGACUGACCUGUUAUUGAAUUGCUUUUUGGGUCUACCAGGGUUUUGUUUUCUGUUGCAAAAUGUUUUGCUCCAGUGAGUGUGCCCCAAUGAACAUGACACAGUUGACGAGCACAGUUUCUAUCUCCCUUGGAAGUGUAUUUGCACACACGCUGUCCCACCUCAGCCUAGUGCACCGGGAACCCUGUGUGUUUGUGUUAUCAAGAAAACCUUUAGAGGUGCAAUGACACUGCAUGAGCACUCCUAAAUUAGAUUUCAGUAAGCACAUCCCCAGUAGCACUGAUGUCAAUGAUAUGGCAGAAUAAAGGUUUCUAUAGGACAGGAUCCAAGGCUUAAUGUUUAAGCCCCAUAUCAAGGCCUCUCUUGAUUUGGAAACACUAUGGAUGAAUUUGGAUCGUGUCUGUGCAGUUUCAACGGAACUCAUGAAUGAUUGUUGGUGACAUUUGUGCCGUGUAUCACUAUUGCCAUUGAAGGGGAAGGUACUGUGUUGUCUAAAUGUUAAAGGAAUUGUGUCUGUUUUGUCCUAACCACCCUGCCACAGCCCUCCUGUCAGUUUGUGACGCUUAUUGACUCUUUAGUCAUUCUUCUGUUACAAUAGAGAAGAGUUAACUUGCCGUGGUGACCUAGAUGUGUGGUGGGGCCAACUUAUGCAAUAAGAGGCAAGGGAGUAAAUAUGAAUCCCAGUCUAUAUGUUAGCUUUAGAUUAAUUGUGUUGUGGUGAUGUGUACCAAAUAUCGUUUUAUUGUCAUAAAACAAAGUUGUGAGAACCAGGGCUCUUAAACUACAGGCCCGCUGACCAAAUGUGGCUCCCAAGCUGAUUUAAUGUGGCCCGUGGUUGUCUUUAGUAAAUGCAGCCCAUGGUCAUGAAGGGAUACAGGGAGAUUCUGGCAUUUUCCACUUACCCAGAUUCUGAUGAACUCGUGGAUACCAGUUGUAUGUCUCUACAUGCAGUGUGAUGGAAGUUAGAGAUAUUUCUGCGGGCCAAGGCUAACUAGUUUUAGCACAAUGAUUGGUAGUCUACAUGUUCGCUAGCAUACGCUUAAUUGCUCGAAUCUGGCAGUAUCCCUUUAACCUUGUGUAAAAGGAAAUCGUCGAUUAGAUUGUAGGACAGUUGGAAGUAAUGCUUGGAUCUUUAGUUCCUGUGUGGAAAAUCUGGGCUUAGUUAGAGCAUUCCUGAUCAAACCUGGGCUAUAAUACAGUAUAUUAAUGUUGUUGAAUAUCCAGCUAGAUGUCAAGUGUAGUAAUGAUAUGGUUGUUUAGUAGUCUAGACAAUUUCAUAGUAUCAACUGAGUAACUUUGUGGUGGAAAUAUAGUAUGUACAACAGGUAUAUUUUUCUGGGAUUAAGAUGAUGUAACAGAGGAUAUAUUUAACAAAUAAAUGGUGGCGAGGUAUUAGGAGAUUUAAAACUUCAGGGUGCACUGUUCCAUUUCUCCACCUGGUGGCAAUGUUUUAUUCAGCUAGAAGUUAGAACAACUAUUACACAUUUUCAGUGUGUUUGUGAGUCAGAGUUUGAAUAUAGUUGUCAAAACUACCCAUCAAUAUUGUCCCGGCUGACUUUAGUACGGCUUCGCCAUGUAGCUUGGUCCCAAAUCUUUUUGUGCGGUCUUGCCAGGUUAUAGGUCACCUUUUCCUCUGUCAGUCAGUAUUGCAUGUCUACCAAACCACUCUGCUUGGUAGUUCCCUCUGAAUGAAAUCAGUGGAUAUUUAUGCAAAGAAGACAUGAAUGAAUCUCCUCCUCACAGACUGAUACGAAACUUGUUUUUUUCCCCCCACGCUUUUUUUUGUAAUGAAUCCGCAUAGCCUGGUCCCAGUUCUGUUUGUGUGGUCUUGUUUAGGGUGACAAUGACCAUAGGAUUUUGAUAACACAAACCGAUCUGGAACCAGGCUAGGCUCCUCAUACAUUUUAUUGAAAAUGUAUAUUGUCUAUAGACGAUCAGAUGCACUGCAGCACAGUGUUAUGGCCAUACAGUAAACACUACAUUAUGCCAUGGCUUUCAACUGUAAAUACCAGGGUUGGAGUCAGUUCCUUCUUAAUUGACUGAAUUGAAAUGGAAUUAACCCCAAUUCCAGUAGAUACUGGUUCAUCUGUACUGUACCUACACACACACAGAGUAAAUUGUUAUUCCACUAGUCACAAUGUUUUUGUGUCCAUAAUUGAAUAAAAUACCAUAUAUUUCAUGAGCAAGUUGACACCAUUGUAAAGUCAUUCACUCACCUAUUACUAUAAAAGGAGGUACCCUCUUCAUUGUAUGUUUGGGCCUGGAUUGGGUGCUGUGUAAUAACCAAUGUAAAGGGUGGGGGUACCACUUUUCUUUCUUUUAUUUUUUUUAAUAUAUACACAUAUGUAUUGGAAAUGUUUGUACUGUCUCCAUAAUGUGCUUGACAAUGUGUAUGAUAUAAACCAAGUCACAGUUUACUAUGAGCUUAGAGUAAGUUAUCCAGCAGUAGCUAGCUUUAUGUUAUCACCGCCAUUUAGCUUUCCCCAUUUAGUUGUUUUCUGGUCCUUUUGGAGGGGAGGGCAAGGAAAUGUGACUAGAACAAAAAUKAACCUAUAGCCCAGCCUUUUUAUAGCUAGAUUGUGCUGACAGAAACAUGCAAGGCUUGAGAUUGAAAAAGCAGUGGUCUUUAGCGUUUGUCAUCGGCUUCAGCUUAAUAUGACGAUCCUCUGUCAGGAUAUUUUCAUGCAAUAACUUUCAUAUGAAAUAUAUCUCUAGGUGCUUAGGCAUGUCAUUAUUGUAUUUAUAUAUUAUUAAAUAUAUCUCUAGGUUAGCUUUGGCAUGUCAUGGAAUUUGGUCUUGGCAGCACAUUGAAGGCACAACACUGAAGACAAUCUAUGACGUCGCUACACUCCAUGAAUGUUUUCAUGUUAAUGUGUGUCCAUGUCCAGUAAUUCACGGUUGUUCAGUACCCAUGUAGUUGUCAGUAUUGGUGCUCACUACUUGUUUUUCCCCUCUCCAUUUUGAGUUGGAAUAUGUUCUGGCACACCUGGACUAUGUAAGACAUUUACUAAGAGCUAUAGAAUAAAGUGAUUGAAAUGUGA